UUAAGCUCGCUAGCUUCACUUCACCUGGGGAGCAAACACUACGUUGGCUGCUACGGAAUCGAAAUCUCUAGAGAUGUUUGAUGCAAAUAGAUAUUUCAUUCAUACAUAAACUUUCUUAUUUAUUUGUAGAUCAUAAUAUAAACGUAAAAACAUAGCUCUGCAUUCGAAAUUAAGGGUGAUCCACUUACUGAAGUAGUCAAAUCUAUUUUUUUAAAAAAAUACUAUUUCUAAGAAACUCUGGUGAAAUGGAAGAGGAUGAAAUUCGUACAGACCAAGGCUGCCAGAAACUGCUGUCUGAGAACUGUGAAGUGAAAUCCGUCGACGAUGAAGUACAUAAAAACGAGAGAGACUUGCCAACAAACAAUGAGAAAUCUAAUUCAAACGCGAAAACUGAAAACAAAACAUCUCUAGGAACUGAAAGAGCCGAUGACAGCGAUAAUGACUAUCAUUCAGCGUCCGAUGGCGAAUGUGAGAAGGCUGAAGAAGACGAUGAGAAGAAAGAAAUUGUUGAUGACGAAGACUAUAGAAGAAAGAUGGAAGAUACACUAACUGAAGAAGAAAAACAGAAGCGAAAAGAAGAUGCACAGCAGCUUAAGGAGGAAGGCAACCAGUUUUUUCGCAAAUGUGAAUACAAGGAAGCUAUUAGUUGUUAUAGCAGAGCUCUGGAUAUCUGCCCCCUGGUGUAUCAGAAAGAACGAGCUGUCAUGUUCUCAAAUCGUGCAGCUUGCUACAUGAAGGAGGAAAACUUUUCUGAGGCAAUCACUGACUGCACUCAUGCCAUAGAUCUUCACCCGCACUACUUGAAAGCCAUUCUAAGGCGAGCAGAGCUGUACCAGAAGAGCGACAAGCUUGAUGAUGCACUCAAAGAUCACCAGAGAGUAGUGGAGCUAGAUCCUGGGCAGCAUGCUUCUCGUGAAGCAUGCAUGCGACUGACUGAAGAAAUCAAUGUCAGAAAUGAGAAGCUGAAAGAAGAAAUGAUAGGGAAACUGAAGGAACUGGGAAACAUGGUUUUGAGACCUUUUGGACUUUCCACCAACAAUUUUCAGAUGCAAAAAGAUCCAAACACUGGUUCCUACUCUGUGCAAUUUCUCCAGAACCCUCCUACGAAUGGGAAGUGAUACUUGCAAUGGGUACAAAAUCAGAGCAGUGCUGAGAUGGAGAGCUUGAACUGCUGCAUAAAUAAUAGACUGGUUUUAUACUUUGUUUGGCUGGCUGAUUUGUACAUACUUUGAGGAGGUUAGUCUGGUCUUUUUCUGACAAAAAUUAGGGGAAAGCUUUAUGAUUAUAGUGUAAUACACUGGGUGAAUGAAUCAUUGAAUGGAAAGGCUAAUGUGCCAAUAAACAAGUGCUUGACUUCA